AGGAUUUGGUUUUGGUUCGGGUCAUGCAUGUUGUUUAUUUAGGUAGCUAGCAAAGUAGCAUAUACGGUUAGCUACUUUGUUAGCUAGCUAGCUAUUAACUUGGCCGGCUGUUUUCCUACAAGUUUGCUGGCUAGCUAGACUCGGUUGUGUAUUAGCUGAUGAUGUUUUCGUUUAGUUAGCUAGUUAAAGUCUGAAAAGUUCGACCGCUGUAGCUAGCUUUAGCUAUCUUGCUAGCGAGCUAGUUGUUUAGUCAGCUAUUUAGUUGGCAUAAUGGGCACUUAGCUAACUUGCUAGCGUUGGCGGAAAUCGACAAUCUAUUUGCUGCUUUAGUAACUAACGUUAGCUACAUGGCUACUGUUAGUCACUAACGUUAAUAACGUUAGUUAACAAACUUUUCUAGCCGCACCCAAUGACAGCUGUCUAAUUAAAUGGUUGACAGUUAUCAAAUAUCUCGCCACGUACUAGCACAGCAUUAUCAUCGUACUAGCCAACAAGUCAGUAGAUGUCUUAUUCAAAACAUUGAUUAGUUUGUUUUGUUGUAUAUCUGCAUUGAAACUGAAACUGCAUUUGUAAGUGCUGUCUAUAAACGGGUUGGCUGACGUCACUAAAAUGAUGCGAGUGCAUCGAUGUGGCCGGACUCUGCGUUAUGAUUCAAGAACAGUCAGUUAGCUAGCAAGAAUGAGGGGAUUCGGUUUUGCAUCAUGUGAAAGUUGAUUGUAUUAGUUUUGGAACCGGACUGGCUCCCGGGAAUGAGCCAGGUGCCCCAUUCAAAGCCCGCUGUGAAGUCGGCUCAAAACAAAAGUGAUGUAAUUAAGCGCGUGAGUAGGAUUGUGUUUUAACAUGUAAAAGAGAUCGCUUUUGAUAAAAGCUUUAUCUGCCUUUCCAAUGAAAACUAGUUUGAAAAUUCAAACAGAUAUUUUCAGGAAAAGAUAUGUUGUAUGUUUCUGGACGAUGUACCAUGCUGCCUUGUUUACAACAUGCCCGAGCGGCGCAGAUUACUGUUCGAUUUGAGAUGGAGCUCCUCCCUCAACGUUUAUCCGUUCACGUCACCGGCCAUAGACCGGUGCCCCGCGGCUCAGCAUAAUCGAAUCCAACCAAUCACAAGAAGCUGCCAUAGCCUACUGCACUGUGAGGGGCUGAACAACCAGAGCUACGUCUGUGAGUCAGGACACUGCUGUGGGGAGACACAGUGCUGCAGUUACUACUAUGAGCUCUGGUGGUUCUGGCUGGUGUGGGUCAUCAUCUUCAUCCUGAGCUGCUGCUGCGUGUGUCACCACCGGCGCACCAAGCACCGGCUGCAGCAGCAGCAGCGCCAGCACGAGAUCAACCUCAUCGCCUACCGCGAGGCGCACAACUACACCUCUGUUCCAUUCUACUUCAGGUUUCUUCCAAAUUCCCUCCUACCUGACUACGAGGAGGUGGUGAACCGCCCUUCCACCCCUCCCCCUCCCUACAGUGUCUUCCAUACAGUCAGCCCCCUGACCACUGACCCACAGGACGGCCUGGGACUGGGACACUGCCCGACCAUCCAGACCACUCCGGUCCCCCCAGUGUCCGACACACUCUGCUCCAGGCCGAGCCUGGAAGAGCCCCACCACAUUGGGGCUCCCACCAUUGGCUACAACAGACACAAGGCAGACAGUAAGCCUCAGGAGCCCCAGGAUGGUGGACCAGGGCUAGGUCCCCAGGAGGCCUCUACAGAGGAGCCUACAAGCCCAGAGAAGAGUUGCAAGGAGCCUCUGUUACUCGGGGACCUAGGGGGGUCCGAGAGCGGUGCCCAGGAGGACAAAGAUAAUAGGGGGGCCCUCGGAAGGCGGCGCCGAUUCACGGGUGACUCGGGUAUCGAGGUGUGCGUUUGCGACCGUGGUGGUAGUACCAGUAUUGGAAGCCAGGAGGGCAAGGAGCUGAGGGAGAAGGAUAGCCUACUGGGGGAGGAGGUUGAGGAGCAGGAAGAAGGGGACUUCUGCGACGGGUGCGGUCACCCUGCUCCGGGAUUGGAAGAGGAGCAGGCCCUAGCCCUGGAUGGACCCGAGAGUAGGUCGGAGUGCGGGUCGGCGACAGCGUCCACCUCCCCGCCACCACCCGCCAUGACGCAACCCCCCCACGCCCCGGUGUGCCUGCUCCUCCACACCAUCAACGAGCUUGAGGGGUCCCCUCACCAUGGCAACAGCACAGAGCCCCAGGGCUGAGCUACGCUAAGCUAAAGCACAUCUUCACAGAGGAGGGAGAGAGAACCAGGAGUGGGAGUCAAGACUUUAAUGUGUGUGUGUGUGUGUGUGACUGUCUGAGAUCAUGUGUGUGUGACGAGUAGGAAGUUGUAUUUUAUCCCAGAGUCUGGACUUAAAAGCCUGAUGUUGAUAACUAAAGCCCCUUUGGCAUACUGUAAUGGUGGCCUUAACUGCAAUGUACAAGGAGACAGGAGGAUAGGUUGGCCUAUCACCAACCUACUUACAGACUGCUAACGGCAUAAAUGUCCUCCUUUGUCGGUCUUUACCAAGAGGAGUUGAAAGGAGACCGUGUUAAGACUUAUGCAAGCUGGAGGAGAUUGAUACUUUGGUCAGUGGUUGCUGACCCGAUGUUUGGUGCGAAUGCAGUAUAGUCAAGUACACACUGGUGCAACUCUAGCCUGGUCUCAGAUCAAUUUGUGCUGUCUUGCCAACUCCUAUGCUCAGUGUACCAAGCUAAUGGAAAUCAUCACAGCUACUUCCUGUGUCUGUUCACAGGAAGGAACAUCCUGGACAAAUACACUGAAGCAGUACAGGAACAUUGUUAAAGCAGUGCAGUGUGGAUCGUCAUGGUGAUGAUGUGUGCUUAUGCAAUUUGAUAGUCCCAGUCGUUAUGAAAUAAAACGUUGUGGCCCUGCCUGCCUGUGGGGAAAACAACCCAUGGUUACUUUGGUUACCCCAUUGGCGCCCAGCAAAAACUUGACCUUUUUCCAAAAGCACAUUUCUUGUCUGUUUGUUUUAGUCAAUUACAAAACUACAUUUUAAGAAAAGUACAACGUGUAAAGAUUACUUUUCAACAUUGCCUGCUCCCGAGCAUUCUCACUACUUAGAAAAACAUAACGUUGUAGGGGCUUCCCCAUUUUCAUGACGGCGCUGAUGUUAACCACAUGAGUGAGUGCUAGCUAGCUAGCUACCAACCAGAACAGGACUACAACCCUUUUCCUGGAGAGCUACCCUCAUGUAGGUUUUCACUCCAACCCUAGUUGUAACUAAUCUGAUUCAGUUUAUAAACAGCUGAUUUUUAGAAUCAGGUGUGCUAGAUUAGGGUUGGAGUGAAAACCUACAGGACGGUAGCUCUCCAGGAACAGGGUUGGAGA